CAAGGGAUUCAAAUUAUACAAGAAGAACCUCUUGUUUUGCCUCUAAAAUAUAAAAUAUAAGCGUUUCAAUGUUUUAGUUGGACAGUGUUGGUCUUUGAAAUCAUUCAAUCAAGUUAAAUUUCGGCUGCAAAAGUGAGAUGGCGAUUGUUAGCAACAAUUUUGACCAAUGCAGCUUUUGCUCUGUUAUGUGCGAUGAGGAGUUUCAUCAUGUGCUAGUUCCUUCUCUCCUUCAAGAGCAGAAGCUGAAACCUAUUCAUCAGAAGCUGAGCGGUGUCACUUCCCAAUUGAGUAGUUAUCCUACGUGUGACAAAUGCCGACAAGAGUUCAUAAUCACCCACAACAUUUCUGAGAAUUGCUUCCAAAUUUUGCCCAGCACCAAACCGAAUGACAUCAAGACGGAGCCAGAGUUAAUGAUCGAUGACCACGAACUAUCGAAUACUGACAACAUUUUUGAGAGAGAUACAAGAUCGGACUUUGCGCCACUUGCACAGGAAGCCGAAGUGCAAAUCAAGGGAGAAAAAGGAGAGGUAUUCUUCAUCAGUGAAAUUGACGGAGAAGGCAACAAUAUACCAUUGAUUCCGGUUGCUAGAACAAAUAUGCGAAGAAAAAAUAAUUUGAAUGCUUCACGUUCUUAUUCUUGUUCACAUUGUGAAAAAGCGUUCAAGGACUCUUCAUCGCUUCAACGUCACAUUCGAAUUCAUACAGGCGAACGUCCCUUUUCGUGUCCACACUGCCCGAAGGCGUUCACCCAACAUAUAGCGCUCAAACAGCACAUUCGAAUUCAUACGGGUGAACGUCCCUUUUCUUGUCCACAUUGUCCGAAGGCGUUUAUGCAACAUACAACGCUCAAGCUGCAUGUUCGAAUUCAUACGGAUGAACGUCCCUAUUCUUGCCCACAUUGUCCGAAAGCGUUUAAGCAUCAACCAACUCUCAAACAGCACAUUGGAACUCAUACGGAUGAGCGUCCCUAUUCCUGUCCACAUUGUCCAGAAGUGUUUAAGAACCCUUCCGCGCUCCUAAAGCACAUUCGAAUUCAUACGGAAAAACGUCCCUAUUCUUGUUCCCAUUGUCCGAAAGCGUUUAAGAAUCCUUCCGCGCUCCAAAAGCACAAUCGAUCACAUACGGGUGAACGUCCCUAUUCUUGUUCACAUUGUCCGAAAGCGUUUAAGGAGGCUUCAACGCUCAAAGAGCACAUUCGAACUCAUACGGAUGAACGUCCCUAUUCAUGUCCGUAUUGUUUCAAAGCGUUUAGGCAGUCUACAGUUCUUGGAAAACACCUGCAUACACACUGUAAUGAAACAGGCGGCUCCGGGAUGGAAUCAUUGACGACCGCAAGGGAAGAUAUGACUGGAUGCUGAUGAAUUCCUUUGUCGAUUGAAGAAUAAGAGCCUGAUUCUCGAAUACACUUCACGGUGGAAACGAAAUAAACGGCACGGCAUUGAACUACGUUUUACGAGUUAGUGAAGUGCCGAAGAUAAUAAUGAGUUUUCAUGCAGAAUGAGCACUUUUCAAAUAAAAAAUUAUUAAUGAAAAUUAACUUCUUCGUAUCAAACUGGUAUUCAAUGUGAGUGGAAAACGUUGUUUUCUUCAUGUGAUAUAAUAAUCCCAUACAAAAAUUUUAUCUGAAGAUAAUUUGAUAUUAUUCUGAUAAGUUUAGUGGGAAACUAAUCUCGCAUCCAGAUGUCGACACCGUACCGUUGUCAUCGCGAAUACGUUUAAUUCCGUUUCCACCGUGAAGUGUAUUCGAAGUGUAUUCGAGAAUCAGGCCCUAAAGCCCAUAGCAGAAAUGUUUUCUGAAACCAUUUAAAACAUGGCUCAACUACACGAUUCGUCCAACGUUUGACUCUAAAGCCAGCGCUACACGAUGCUACGAACACCCUCGAAUGCUGGACGCUCGAUGAUUCGACGCAUUGUGUAGUCGACUGACGAGCUACGAACCUCCAAUGUCGAGUGUCGAAUAUUCGCGUUGGAAGGUAAUCCGUUCGUUGUGGAUUACCUUCCAACGCGAGUGGCACGAGUCAAAGGAUUUUUGUCAUUCGUUGAUUCGACACUCGAUGACAUUCGAUACAGCGCUACACGAUUCGUCCGAAUAUAUCUUUGACAGAUUGGUUUGUUUACAAGUUUUAAAUGAAGGAACUAUUAAAUUGAUUCAUAAAAUUCAAAAUAUUGCAGUUUAAUAAUGUUGAUUUCAAGCAUUUCUAAUUUACAGCCCGAUAUCAGUACAAUUGCUAUGGCAGCAAUUUCAAUACUCGCAUCGUCAGCCAGUUUCCUGAUGUUUUUGAUGGUAAAUAAAAACAAUAAGCAUUCCAUCCAAAUACUCGCCGAUUGCUUGGACCGAUUGCAUUGAAUCGAACAUUCACUUCACCGUGUAGCAGCACAUUCGUCACAACAUUUGUCGAUUCAUCGAGUCAAAUGUUUGAGUCCAACAUUCGAGUAGAACGUUGGACGAAUCGUGUAGCGCCCGCAUAAUGUUGGACUCAAACAUUUGACUCAAUGAAUCGACAAAUGUUGUGACGAAUGUGCUGCUACACGGUGAAGUGAAUGUUCGAUCCAGUGCAUUCGGUCCAAACAAUCUGCGAGUAUUUGGAUCGAAUGUUUAUUAUUUUUGUUUACCACCAAAAACGUUUGGAAAUCGAAUGACGAUGCGAGUAUUCAAAUAACUGCCGUAGCAAUUAUACUGAUAUCGGACUUUAAAUCAAAAAUGCUUGAAAUCUACAUUAUCAACCUGCAAUAUCUUGCCGCAUAUUUUUAAUUUCACGAAACAAUUUCAUAGUUCCUUCAUCUACAACUUGUAAACAAACCAAUCUGUCGAAGAUAGAUUCGAACGCAUUAUGUAGCUGCGUAUCGAAUACUAUCGAGUGUCAAAUUGAGCGAAUGCCAAAAAUUCUUUUGUAGGAGAUGAGACAAGACAAGAGAAGAAAUGCGAAAUAAUCAAAAUAUAGGUAAAUAUAAAUAUAAAUCGGCUACAAAAUCUUUGUGUUUCAUCUGCUCAUGAUCUUUGGUAAAGCGUUGGCAUUGUAUGCAAAUGAAUUCUUGGAUUACUCAACACGCAAGCAAGACGUGAGAACAUUCCUCCACAAAUAAGGAGAGGAAAAUAAUAUAAGAGCGAAAUGAGAAAAAGCUCUAAUUUGUCUCUGUUCCGUUCAGCGUUGCCAAAUAGGCUAUACAAUUAUUCGGAUACAUUAGAAGUAAAAGAAACAUAAUUCGGAAACAUUGGCACCAUUGGUCCGAAAGAGUAUCAGUUAAUAAGAAUGAGAAAAAUGAGCAAUUAAAGAAUAUCUCUUUGGCUGAUGCAUGCCACUAGUUUGAUGGAACGUCAGUCUCUAGAAUAAAAUUAGCAGAAACGGUCAUUGGAAUUCAACUAAUGCGGGCGCUACACGAUUCGUCCAACGUUGAGACGAAUGUGCUGCUACACAGUGAAGUGAAUGUUGGAUCUAAUGCAUUCGGUCCAAGCAAUCUGCGAGUAUUUGGAUCGAAUGUUCAUUAUUUUUGUUUACCACCAAAAACGUUUGGAAAUCGAAUGACGAUGCGAGUAUUGAAAUAACUGCCGUAUCAAUUAUACUGAUAUCGGAUUUAAAUAACAAAUGCUUGAAAUCAACAUUAUCAAACUGCAAUAUCUUGCCGCAUAUUUUUAAUUUCACGAAAUAAUUUCAUAGUUCCUUCAUUUUCAACUUGUAAACAAACCAAUCUGUUGAAGAUAGAUUCGAACGCAUUAUGUAGCGGUGUAUCGAAUACUAUCGAGUGUCAAAUUGACUACACGAUGCGUCGAACCAUCGAGCGUUCAACAUUCGGGGCUGUCCGUAGCAUCGUAUAGCGCCGGCAUAACAGACAGAAAGGGAAAGAAAACAGGGGUGACAUUGCGCAUUUCGAAACGAGUAACUCGUUUUGAGAUAAUUCAAACUCGAAUCUAAUUGAUUUAAGUAUUAUGUAUCUUUUUCGAGUUAUUAUUUUCAGUGUACUAGAUUUUGUCUCGAAGGGAAAUGUCAAAUUUUUGGGUUUGUAAACAAAGUAAACUUCAUGGCUAUUGCAAAUAUCAAUGCCGAAAAACAAAUUUAAUUUGAUAUAAUAUUAGACUUGUGAUUAGAAAG